AUGGGGUUUGUGCCCGCAGAUAUUUUGGCAGUCAUCAACCUCCCUGACAGACGGGGGUAUGAUGUCAGCUUCAAGCUCAUGUCUGGCUUGGACAGGUUCUGGGCCGGCUUUAGUGGGUUUCGGGAUAAAGAGGGGUGGAAGAUUUUCACCUUCAUCCCCAUCUCCAAACCUGACACAGCAAACGUGAACAUCAUUUUCUGGAAUGAGUCUGUGCCCCCCCAGGAUAUUGUAGUCUGGCUCAGAAGGCAUUGUGAGAUGGUCUCUGAUCUGACCAAAACUAGGGACAGUGAUGGGAUCUGGACUGGAGGUUGGAGGGUUCUUGUCAAGCUGAGGCAGAGUAACCAUGUCACCCAUCACCUUCCAAACUCCUUUUUCAUUGGGCGGGAGAGGGGAGUUUGCUUCUAUGCAGGUCAGCCCAGGCUAUGUUUCAAAUGCGGUAGGUCGGGUCAUGUGGCGAGUGUCUGCUCUAUCAUGAAGUGUAAUCUGUGUGGGGAGGUCGGCCAUGUCAGUUCUACCUGUGAGAACAUCAAGUGCAAUCUAUGUGGUAGGCUUGGCCAUUUACACAGAGAUUGCCCGGUGGCUUUCCACAAUAGGGAUGAGGAAUCAGUGGAUGAGGAAUUUCUGGUGGCAGCAGAACACCUGGAGGAGGAAGCCUUAAUGAAUGGGGUCAUAUCAACUGAGGGGGAGGUAAACCCAGAAGUCCAAGGGGCCAGCCUCGGGCAGGAGGGCAGUGUUCAGCAGACUGAGGAGCAGCGGCCACCUGUGGCCAUUUCAUCCGUUUCAGUUCCUGCCUCUGUGGAGAACGUUCCCAGGCAGAAGAGAAGGAAUAGGAAGGAGAAGGCCACCCGUAAACCUGAAAGUGAAUGGACCCGAGUGCAGAAAUCCGCUAAGAAGGUGAGAAGGGCGCCAGAAGGUAGUAUGGCAGUCAGCAACCAGUAUGAUGUCCUAUCAGAGUCAGAUGCCAACUCCUGUGAUCUAGAGGACCAAAUGGGAGGAAGAAGUAGAAAGGGAAUCUGCAGCUAG